UCCAGGACUCCGGAUCUUUUAGACAGUCGCAUAGCUCAACUCAAUUCAUUGUUCGUUUCUAGACAAAACCAUGGCUCAAAAUCUCUCUCUUCUCUCUCUCUUGUUGCUUUCCUACGUCUUCGCACCUUCUCUAUCUCAAUCAUCUGAAUCUGAUCGGCCCACUGUCUACGAGCUCCUCCCCAAGUACGGCCUCCCGUCGGGCCUCUUGCCGGCAACCGUCGCCAGCUACACCCUCAACGACGACGGCUCCUUCGUCCUCGAGCUCUCCUCCACCUGCUACAUCCAGUUCGACUACUUGGUCUAUUACGACAAGACCAUCACCGGAAAGCUCAGUUACGGCGGCAUCACUGACCUCAACGGUAUUCAAGUUCAGCGCUUUUUGUUCUGGUUCGAUGUCGACGAGAUCAAGGUUGAUGUGCCGCCAUCCGAUUCGAUUUACUUCCAGGUUGGGUUGAUCAAUAAGAAGCUCGACGUGGACCAGUUCAAAACUGUCCAUCCUUGUCGUGAUGAUAAUUUGGGUCAUUCUGGGUCGGGUUGCAGGUCGUGGUAUAGUGCCCUGAAGGUAUUAUUCACUUUUGAGCUGCCAACUCCCCUUGAAGAUGAAGUCCAGAUGCUAAUUACAGAGUAGAUGUUAUCAAGUGCUUUCUAUUAGUAUAUCUUAGAGUCUUAAAAUGGUUGCUAAUAGUUCACAGUUUAGAGUUAGUUACACUUUCAGACCCGAAAAUCAGGAGUCUGACAGUCUUUUCAAAGCAAGUUGUAUAAUAAUAUCAUAUAUAUAUCCAGUUUCAGUCUUCAAUGUACCGCUAUGUACUCUUGUAUUUGAACCUUGUAUAUACCCGAGGAACAAGUGAUGGUACUUGUGUUGUGCCUAGCCUUAUAAUAUGCUUAUGAGGUUGGAUUUA